UCUACAGUCACUGCGACUGCACCGCACGUUUUUAUUCUGACCUGGUCCGUCGCCGGGUUCGGACGUUUAUGAUAUAGUAUAACACAAUCGCUACAAGCAGUUCAAAUUUUUGUUUUCUUGCUCCGUCGCGUACUUACAUACACGAGCCAACAAACCGUCGGCGCGGCUGCACUGAAUUGUCGACAUCCGCCAUGGAUUUGCUGUGCUGCGAAUCGCCGUCCGCGAGCGUGGCGCAAAAGGAUCCGGCUCUGCUGUCUGACGACCGGGUGUUUAACACUAUGCUGAAAACGGAAGCUCGGUACCUGCCCAAGCCCGAUUACUUGCGGCUAAUGCAGAAGGAGAUCACGCCCGACCUCAGGAAGAUCGUCGUCGAUUGGAUGUGGGAGGUUUGCGAAGAGCAAAAGUGUCAAGAAGACGUGUUCCCGUUGGCAAUCAACUACAUGGACAGGUUCUUGUCUCUGAACCCAAUAAAAAAAAAUCACCUACAGCUGUUGGGCACCACUUGCCUAAUGGUAAGCUCCAAGCUCCGCGAGUCCGACUGCCUGUCCGUUGACCUCCUGGUCCUGUACACGGACAACACAAUCACGGCCGAAGAGCUGCUGAUGUGGGAGCUGCUUCUGUUGAGCAUCCUGAAAUGGGACGUGUCUGCCAUCACGGCUCAUGACUUCCUAUGGUAUAUACUUAAAAGACUGCAUUUCUUGGACCCAGCCAAAGCGUACGUGGAUGUUGUUAUCAAACACUGCGGAACGUUCAUCGGCAUGUGCGCCAGAGAUUAUAAAUUUUGUUCGUACCAGCCGAGCAUUAUAGCGGCAGCCAGCAUCGCAGCCGCUCUGAAUGGACUGGAGUACACGUCCGUCAACAAGUUGGAUUUGUUCACUAAACUUAACAACAUCACCGGCUUGAAAAAAGAGUACCUGAAGGCUUGUCAAGAGCAAAUCGAAGAGAUGGUAGAGACGCACAAACGACAGCGCAAAGAGCUGGAGUUCGGAAUGUACGUCAAACCGUACACCAAGACCGCCAUGGUCGAAGACUCAGACUGUUGGAUUUAAGUCAAUCGCCCGCGGUGACUUGAACGAAGUAAACCUAUCACCAAUAUAUUAUAUUGUAUAGUAAUGUCAAUUUUUUUUUUAUAUAUAAAACUAUUGUAAAGGAACACACGUUAUUACUCUGUAAAACACUUAAUCGAUAGGUGUGUAUUUAAGAAGCAUCGACAUUUUAGACUUAAGACGUUAAGAUUACUCGCAUACAUGUGUAGGCCCACAUUUAUUAUGUUUUAAGAAUAAUUAAUUUGUAGCCAGCUAAGGACAGUGUUGUUUAUUUCAUAUAUAUAAUAUUAUGUUCUUUUUGUGUUAAUGGGGAUAGCAAUACAAUACGCUUAGAUUUUUUUCCACUCGUGCAGGUUGCGCAUGCUACCCGUCGAGUAUAACUUGCUGCUCGGAUUCCAUUUUAAAUUUAUAUUAUUAUAUUUAUUUCGUAUAGUUAUAGUUGUAGAGUUUUUUUUUCAUUUUCUUACCACCUACCGAGCAACAGACGCGUACAGAGAAUUUAAUAGUUUAAGCUCUAUCGCGAAAAAACUUAAUGUUAGUUGGUUUUUUUCUUCUAUUAGAUUCUGUGAAUCGUACAAAUAACAGUGUGUACAGUGUACACGAGUAGUUGGAAACAAAUCUACUUUGUAUACAUUAUACGCUUCGAGUAGCUGUCAACAAAGAAUUGUCUGUGUAUCUCUUGGCACGGGCGGUGCAUUUCGAAAAAUUUUGUCUCAGAGAUCUCUUGUUCUUUGUUCUGGUUUCCUUAAUUAUAUUUGUUAGUCUUCUAGUUUCAAAUCACUCACACUAGUUACACUACAACACCGCGUUCGAAACAUACAUACAUUUCUAACGUUAUUAUUAUUAUUUUUUUUUUUAACUUACCUAGGUGCAACAUGAUGAUUUCCAAGUGCAUUAUUUCAUAGCAAUUUAUUUAAGUACAAUACGCUAUAAAAAUGUAAACUAGUGAUCUACAAUUUUUUUGUUGGCAUUUUUAAAAGUUUAAAAAUACAUAAAAAUUAAUUUAUACGUUUAAGAAUUGUUUGAAUAUAUUAAUAUGUAAGUCACACUAGUUGUAUUCACACCCAAUUGCACCACCCCGUUUUUACCUCGUUUAAAGAUUAUUUUAUAAUAUACGUAGAAAGAGAAAGUUAAAACGCUCACAAUGAAAUCGAGUCUUCCAUUAGGUUGUCAAGUACAAGGGAUAAAGGCCUUAAAAGGGAUCCGUAACUUGACUUAGGUUUAAAAAAAAACCCUCCAUAGUGAUCACAAGACGUGUUGUCACCGUCCACUUCCAUUUCCACGACGGGAACGACUUGUUUUUAUUAUUUUUUUGUAUUUAUUAUUAUAUUAUGUAUACCUCAGUUCCAAACUUUAUUAUUAAUUUUUUUAUUUUAGUUAUUAUAUAUUAUUAUUAGAUCCUGGACAUUUUGUCGAAGUGGAAAUCGACGGUGACCGUACUCUGUGUUAGGGGGAUAACGUUUUAUUAGCAUUAUAUAUAUAUAAUUUUUUUUUUUUUAAUAUUAUUAUAAAUGUAUAUAUUAUUAUUACCAGUGAUUAAAGAACAUCAACUAGCCGGUGCUGUGCGACUUUACUUGGCCGGGGCUAAAAUUAUAGAACCGGUUGUUGGUUGGUUAUUGAGUCCCCUACGCUUUCCCACUGUACAUUAAAAAAAUCUAUGUUGUGUCAAUGGUGUUACACAGGUAUAAACGUAGUUCCGACCAGUUUUCAAAGUAUUUAAAAACAUUUCUAAGCCUUUAUAAAAUAUUACCACAUAAUAUACUGCACGGAAAGUGAACAAUAACAGUUGACUGACUGCAAUUACAACAUAAGUUACUUAACUAUUAUCUUAAGUCCCAAUGCUAUUGUUGCGCGCCUGUGCCUAGUUAAUACAGUAGACCUUUCCACGGAUUCUUGGUCGCGGUCAUCUUUUUUAAAAACAAUUUUUAGUAUAGGAGUACAAGUUAAGAUUUGUUAGUUGUAAGAUAUAUGAUAAUAAACUUACACUAUAAUAGUAUUUAGCAAGUGGAAUUACAUUUUUUUUUUU